CAGCUCUCGUACCUUUCCUUCUCGUUCCUUCUCUUGCUGCAGCCCUCCCUGCCCACCUCCCCGGCUUCUCUCCGCCGUUCCCCCCUUCGCAUCUGGAGUUCAAAACCCCAAACCCUAGCCGCCGCCGGCGCCCCCCGCGGCCGCAGCAGCCAUGAACGCCUUUCGCUUCCUCGGGGACAUGACCCACCUCUUCUCGGUCCUCGUCCUCCUCCUCAAGAUCUACGCCAACAAGUCCUGCUCAGGGGUUUCGAGGAAGACGCAGGAGCUCUACCUGGCGGUGUUCGUGGCGAGGUACCUGGACCUCUUCACGGACUACAUCUCGCUCUACAACUCGGUGAUGAAGGUCGUAUUCAUCAGCAGCUCCGCGGCGAUCGUCUGGUACAUGCGGCGCCACCCGCAGGUCCGGCGCACGUACGACAGGGAGCAGGACACCUUCCGGCACGUCGUCCUCCUCGCCGGUGCCGUUGUGCUCGCGUUGAUCUUCAACGAGCGGUUCACCUUCCGCGAGAUAUGCUGGGCGUUUUCGAUUUACUUGGAGGCAGUGGCGAUUAUCCCUCAGUUAGUUCUGCUCCAGAGAAGCAGAAAUGUGGAUAACUUGACUGGACAAUAUGUUCUCUUUCUCGGGGCGUACCGCGCAUUCUACAUUUUAAACUGGAUUUACCGUUAUUUCACGGAGGGUCACCAAAGCAGAUGGAUCCCUUGGAUUGCUGGUUUGGUCCAGACAGGUCUAUAUGCAGAUUUCUUCUACUAUUAUUUCUUAAGUUGGAAGAACAAUGUGAAGCUCGAGUUGCCUGCCUGAGCAUGCAUGGCCAUGUCAGAAAAGCUGCACAUCGCAUGACUCUGGAGUGUUACCGGAAUUAGUUGAUAUUACUGGCUGGAGAAGUGGUGAUGUAGUGAGCAGUUGCAAUUGAUACACUUAAAUCUUAACCAUGAGAACUCAUAUUUUGAUGGCAUGUGGUGCUGCUUCCCCUCUGCAUAAGUUAUCACAUAUCUGAAGCUAACAGGUGAUGCUGCACAGAAGUAGACUAGUUCCAUUUUGUACCUCAGACGGAGACCCGCACCGGAGUUCAUAUGGUUUGUUGUUUGCUUGCUCUAUUUCACUUGCUGUAAACAAACAAUGUGAUCUCCUGUGGUCUUGCCAGCUUAUAUGUAAUCCAAUGCACUUUGAACCAUGUGUUUUUUUUGUUGGUCAGUCCAACUGGUGCCGCAUGGAUAAUUCUUGAAUUGAACGCCUA